UUAUUAGUUAUUCUGUACCCAAGUUAACAGCUUUACUAUGGCACCAAAAACCAGUGGAAAGGCCGCCAAGAAGUCCGGCAAGGCUCAGAAGGCCAUCGUCAAGGGAGACAAGAAGAAGAGGAAGCCACGCAGGAAGGAAAGCUAUGCCAUCUACAUCUACAAAGUGUUGAAGCAGGUCCACCCAGAUACCGGAGUCUCGUCGAAGGCCAUGAGCAUCAUGAACAGCUUCGUCAAUGACAUCUUCGAACGUAUCGCUGCUGAGUCGUCCCGUCUGGCUCACUACAACAAACGCUCGACGAUCACCUCUCGCGAAAUCCAAACCGCUGUCCGUCUGCUGCUGCCGGGUGAGUUGGCCAAGCACGCCGUCUCCGAAGGAACCAAGGCCGUCACCAAGUACACCAGCUCCAAAUAAAUUCGUACCAUCGAAACUACAAAUCGGCCCUUUUCAGGGCC